AUGCGCAGCAUCGCGAGAAGGCCUGCAAUCUCCACCGCUCGUUGCCCUCGGCUUCAACAUGCCGUGCGGCGACCGGCAUCGGCGCGAUACGCCCACGAUCGCCCCGCUUCGUCGCAGACCAACGCAAUCAACGAUGGCGAGCAGUCUCAGCCUCGACAGAAGGAGGAGGAGAAGGAGGAAGGUGGUGGUGCAUUCUCUCGUCGACUGGCGCAGAUGAGUGAAGAAAAUAUCGAGAGUGGAGGCCGGAGUGCAGUAAAAGCCGUGGAAGAGGCGGGCUUCAGCGAGGAGCUGAAGAAUCGUCUGAUGGAGAAGGUCGCCAACGCCAACUUCCGAAAUGACAAUCCUCAGGCAUUUGCGCAGGUGGGCAUGCCGGCGAGUGCGGGAAGGGGUACAAGAGAUAUCGCUGCGGCAAGACCGUGGGCUGGUCAGGAAGCUACAGAAGAUGCAGCCUUGCGGAUGCUAGAUGAUGCACACAGGCGGAUCCGUGUGCCGUCCAAAACUCCUGUUCUUGGUGGACCGCGUGGACCACCUUCGAAGAUAGAUACUGGACGUCCCAAACACAAGCCUGCAACAGGCGUCCGCCUGGCCAAUGCCCGGGACAAAGUCUCCAGCUACGAGCUGACCAAGGACUCCGGACUGUCUGAAGAAGAGCGGCAGAAGUUUCGCGAGAGCAUGAAGGCUCGCUUCGCCCCUGGCGCCCGGAAUGUCGCUGCAUCGGUACAAGGACUGGCUUCUCUGGCAAAUGAAAGAAUCGAAGAUGCCAUCGCUCGAGGCCAAUUCAAGAAUCUACCGCGUGGCAAGAAACUCGAAAGGGACCACAAUGCGAACAGUCCGUUCAUCGAUACGACCGAAUAUCUGAUGAACAAGAUGAUUCAGAAGCAGGACAUUGUCCCUCCCUGGAUCGAAAAACAGCAGGAGCUCAUGUCGACGGCAUCCAAGUUUCGGAGUCGAAUGCGUGCGGAUUGGAGGAGACAUGUUGCUCGUCUCAUCUCCAGUAAAGGCGGCGGUCUUGAUAAGCAGCUCCGGCUGGCGGAAGAGUAUGCUCUUGCGGAGGCGAUUGAGAAUCCACCGAGGAAAAAGGAGUUCAAGAUCAAUGCCGUCGACGGCGCCGGGCAUCUGUCCCAGAUCACUCUUGCUGGCGAAAUGAAAGUCACGCCGGCAGAAGUCGUGUCUGCAGAUGAGAACGAUGCCAAAGUGGAAGCCGAAAUCGAAAUCAUGGAACAAUCGUUCAACGAUGAUGGUACGCUCAAGUCCAAGCCAGACGCAACCGUGACCAUCUCCGCCGAGCAGCCAUCGCAUCAACCGGAGGCCGUCAAUCCUGAAGUGACCGUACGAACGCCCACCGUUCCACCUUUCCGCGACCCUCAAUGGGAGCAGACGGAGCGAGGGUAUCAUCAGGCGGCGAUCAAUCACCUCAACGGCUUGGCCCGAUCGUAUAACCUGAUGGCGCCCUCGAUCGCCCGGAAGCCGUAUUACUAUCUUGACCGUGAGCUCAAGGCCUGCUUUGCAGACGUGGCUCCCCAAAUCGCAUCGUUCAUUCGCGAGAGAGCGUUGGCUCCCAAGGUGAGAGACGUACAGAUCACUGGUGGCAAGCCCAGCAGCGUGCUGCAUCAGUUCUCCACGGCGCAUUCGAGUCAUGUGUACGACGAGAGGAAACCGCAGUAUGGUUUCAAAGAGUUCUGGCGGGAUCUGUUUGCCGGUUCAAAGACCUAG